CAGUGCAACCUGCUAUAUCGUGCAAGGUUGGACCGGUCGUUCGAUCCCCAAAACGAGCCUCGCUCUGCACAGGAGAAAGAACAGCCCCGAAAACAACAAGAAGAAGAAGAGAUAACAUCUUUUUUUGUGUUUGGAUUUUGUGUGGACGGGGUGACUGAUCGAGUGAUCACGAGAGUCUUUCGUUCGGUCCUAUGUGUGUGCGGUGGCAAAUUUUGGCCUGAUUUUGGGGGAAAUUCGAUAGGUUCGGUUUGAUCGUAUACGGUCUUCUAGAACAUUCAGAACCAACCUCAAGUUCAAACGUAAAAUAAAGCAAAAAAUCAAGUAGAAACGAUCGCGCUGCAUACUUGAGAGGAUCGCGUUGCACGACGUUACAGUCAGUUGAUCGAGUUUCACCGGUGGCAAGGGCCAGACGUUCGUUGUGUGUUUACAAAUAGACGGUACAAAAAAGUGCUACUUGCUGCAGAAAAUAAGUCACACAUUAGCCGGCUUGUGGGUAGAGUUUGGGUGGAGCAGAACCGUUUGUGAAAGUAGAUUGUCAUUGCAAGUGCGCGAGAAAUCAAUAUUAUUAUCAAGAAUGUUAGUGGAUGUUCUAACAACCGAUGCUAAUGCUUCAGGUUGAUAUUGAAAAAAAAAAGAUCGUCAAGGUUAAGUUCAUUGUGAAGAGUUGACAACUCAUUUCUCCUGUGUUACGUCGAUGUGCUGCAGCAAUUACAAGGUGCCUUGACGUGAAACUCCAAUGAAAGUCCAAUGCACUCCGCGGUUAGUCAACUGAAUUGACAUGGGAAAAAUCCCUCGACAUGGAGGUUUUCUGCAUCUUUUAGCUGUGUUUAGUGUUUGUAGUCGUUUGUGUUGUACUAAAAGCUGAUCUGUGUGCAGUGCUGGAUAAGGCAUCUCAUCGUUCUGUGAUCAGACAAGUACGAGUGCGUGGGAUCAACGGGCGCGUGUGAAAAAAGUCCCCGAAUUGAUGAGUUGAGUCACGUGACAGCAGGCAGCAAAAUGUUCAACGGAAAAAAGGCUAGCGAUAUGGACCUGCUGAAGGUCCCAACCAAAAUAAUCCCCACGAAGCAGAACAGCCUGCACGGGCCACGGGAACAGGCCCUGUCGGACGAUGAAGAAGGCGGCUUGGGAUAUACUCACACUUUGAUGUAUGGCCGCUACACCAAAGACCUAGGAGAAUACGCCAAAGAUGAAGCGCGAAGACUCAGGCUUCUUGAACGACGAAGAAAGAAAGACGAUAAAGCAAGAAACAAGGAACUGUUGGGAGUGCGGGAUAAUAAGUUUUUCAAGGCCAGCUCAUGGCUCUGGCGGAACUCAUUCGCGCGGCUUGGCGAAGACUGGGUCUUCCUGGCGCUGCUCGGAAUCAUCAUGGCACUGCUUUCCUACGUGAUGGAUAAGGGCAUCUCGAUGUGUACAAAUUCACGAGUAUGGCUGUAUCGAGAUCUGACGAACCACCCGGUGGCCCAGUACCUGGCCUGGGUGUCACUUCCGGUGUGUUUGAUCCUGUUCUCCGCCGGGUUUGUCCAUCUGGUAGCACCGCAGAGCAUAGGUUCUGGCAUUCCGGAGAUGAAAACGAUCCUGCGAGGGGUGGCACUGAAGGAGUACCUCACCUUCAAGACCCUCGUGGCCAAGGUGAUCGGACUGACGGCGACGCUCGGUUCCGGGAUGCCCCUCGGGAAGGAGGGCCCGUUUGUACAUAUAGCUAGUAUAGUAUCGCAGUUGUUAAGUAAAAUCAUCACGUCAUUCCAAUCGAUCUACGAGAAUGAGUCCCGCAACACCGAGAUGCUGGCCGCGGCCUGCGCCGUCGGAGUAGGCUCCUGCUUCGCGGCUCCGGUCGGAGGAGUUUUGUUCAGCAUUGAGGUCACCACGACCUACUUUGCGGUGCGAAACUACUGGCGCGGGUUCUUUGCGGCGGUUUGCGGUGCGACCGUGUUCCGGCUGCUGGCGGUGUGGUUCCAGAAGGCGGACACCGUGACGGCACUGUUUGCGACCAACUUUACCGCGGACUUUCCGUUCGAUCCGCAGGAGCUGUUUGUGUUUGCGCUGAUCGGUCUGAUCAGUGGCCUUGGAGGAGCAGGAUACGUGUGGGUACACCGAAAGUACGUACUUUUUAUGCGAUCUAACAAAAGGAUGAACAAAUUUUUACAAAAGAACCGCUUCCUGUACCCGGGUAUCGUGGCCCUCAUCGUGGCGACCCUUUCAUUCCCCCACGGCUUCGGUCAGUUCAUUGCCGGCGAGCUGAGCACGCACGAGCAGGUGCACCAGCUGUUUUCAAACUUUACCUGGACCAAGCACGAGUUGACCGUCGAGCAGGCGGCCAUCGUGGGCAACUGGCGAACGCCGUACACCGAGGUGUUCACCAACCUGGUCCUCUACUUGCUGUUUACAUUCUUCUUAUCCAUCGUUGCCUCAACCAUUCCGGUUCCGUCUGGUAUUUUUAUUCCUGUGUUCAAGAUUGGUGCCGCGUUCGGCCGCCUGGUGGGUGAAGCGAUGCACCUCUGGUUUCCGUACGGAGUGCGUUACGGUGGUCACCUAGCACCGAUCAUCCCUGGAGGUUACUCGGUCGUCGGAGCGGCCGCGUUCUCCGGGGCGGUUACUCACACUGUAUCAGUGGGAGUGAUUGUGUUUGAAAUGACUGGUCAAAUUACGCAUAUCGUGCCCGUGAUGAUCGCUUCGCUUGUAUCGAAUGCGGUGGCAGCACUGUUGCAGCCGUCCAUGUACGACAGUAUCAUUCUGAUCAAGAAGUUACCGUAUCUGCCGGAUCUGUUGCCAAGUGGAUCGGGAAUGUACAACAUCUACGUGGAGGACUUUAUGGUGCGUGAUGUAAAAUAUAUCUGGAAGGGAAUCUCGUACCAAAAACUUAAGGAAGUGCUGAAAGCGAACAAAGGUCUUCGAAGUUUACCCAUCGUAGACAGUCCGGAUAACAAGACGCUGCUUGGAAGUGUGCAGCGGUAUGAACUCAUCAAACUUAUCGACAGGCACAUCGGACGCGAGAAACGGCUAGAAGUGGCCGCCAAGUGGAUGAAGGAAGCCGAAGAAAAGGCUCGUGAAGAACAGGAGAGACUACAGCGUGAAACCGAAGAGAUUCUCAGAACACGUCGUCCAUCGCGGUUCGAAGUCAGUCCAGCGCCGGAUAUUCUCAAGUUGCGCGAACGAGCCAACAACGAAAUGUUGCCACCUCAAGCGAAAAAGGAAACAACCUCCGGAUUCAGCCCGGUGUUUGGCACGCAACCGAAAAAGUCCAUCCUCAAAAAGACAAACUCCUUCACUCUGAAAGGAUUCACUCCGCUCUCGCCCCACAGUCCCGUCCAGACGCCGUACACGACCAUCACUGGUACCGAGAGCCGAAUUCGUGCCGCCUUCGAUAACAUCUUCCGGAAGUCAGCCACUCUGCAGGACGUUACGCCAGAUCCCGAGAUUGGCUCCAUCGGAACGCCCAGCAUCAGCGGCACGGAAGCAGGCGUUCCAUUGACGCCGGGAAUCUCCAAGAAGGUCCAGCUUCCAAGGGAACGCGUCAUCGACAUGUCACCCGAAGAUCAAAAGGCCUGGGAGUUGGAGGAAAUGGCCAAACCCAUUGACGUUGACAAUCUGCACAUCGAUCCAGCUCCGUUCCAGCUGGUAGAACGAACUUCAAUUUUGAAGGUUCACUCGCUGUUCUCGAUGGUCGGCAUCAACCAUGCGUACGUGACCAACGUGGGUCAACUUGUCGGUGUGGUAGCUCUGAAAGAGCUGAGAGUGGCUAUCGAGAAUGUGAACAGCGGUACGCUGACGCCCGAAACGGUAAAACAGAAACAGGAAGAGGAGGCGGCCAAGGCCCAAGCACAGAAAGAAGCCGAAUCGGACAUCUCCAAUCCCGAGGAUCCCCUCUUGCCCAAAGGAGUCAACGAUGGCUACAGCGACAAGAAAGUAAAUAACACCAUAACGUCUAUGGACUCGGCGUUAUCCAACUCGGAUAACUGCUCCGAUAUUGAACUAGAUAACAUUAAGUUUAUAAGCGAUAAGAAUAGCACCACUACCAACAACAACAUCAACAAUAACAACAAUAGCGGAAACAGCAACAACAGUAACACAAACAGUAACGGUGGCGUUCAGCAGUAGAAAUACUCAAACUAUUCAGCCGGUUGGGCUGCCACGUGUUGUUUUUUUUCUGUCGCGUUGUUUAUCUCAAAUUGGAUGUCCACGAUGUCCAACAACUUGCCAAAUACACACAAACAAGUCACUUUCCCACACACACACAUACUCAAUCAACAACACGUACACAUAACAUAUGGAACAAUGUUCAGUUUUGUUGGAAUUGGCAGGGAGGCUGGACAAGGAUGACAAGACGUACAUGAAAUAGGAUUGUGCAGAUGUUCUUCAAAAAAAAAAUCACCAUCGCUGAAGAUAACCGGUCCAUCUUUAGUGCAUCGCGCGGGAAUGUUAAGCUGGUCUUUAUGAGAAACAUGUGAUUCUAAUUUUAGCUAGUAGGUGUUAAGACCACUGUCAGUUUAACGUGCUCAUCUGCAUCCGUUCAAAUUUGGGACAAAUUUGAAAACGGAAUAGUAUCGCAAGUAAAGGAUAAAAGUCAUCGAAUGAGUCAAGUUUCACCUGAAUCAAUUGCAAUGCAGUGCCAAGGGAAAAUUCGUGAUGCGAAACUAGUUUAUUAUUUUUCCUUUUACUUUGUAUUUCUUAGCUAUUUAACGAACAACCAAGACCCACACAUCGAUAGGAAAUUAUUUGCAACGUUCAUGUUGAUUUGUUUCUGUUAACUUCAACUAGCAUCAAACAUUUAAAGUUAAGUUUAAUGUUUCGUCCAGGACGAACUGUAAAUAUUUAAAAUGAUCUAGACAAAUAAUUAAAAAGACAUUUUAAUUGACAAGGUGGUGAAAUAAAGUCAGCAGCCACAGACUGCUUCUGACUAUCAGGAUUUCAAGUGUCACCAGCCAUAGUCAUGUCCUCAAGGAAGGUAAAUGUAACAAACGCAUGCCACUCAAGGUUAUUUAUGAAAAUAAAAGAAAAUUACACAAUGAAA